GUAAAGUGUUAUUAAUUAUGUACUUAAAAUUGUGUUUAAUGCAUUAAUUGUACAUACACAUUACAUGUGCUUUGUUACAAAAUGCAACGUGAUCGGGUGCUUCCUUUCCUACCAGGAUAUAAUUUCGAUAGUAAUCUCGGCCGAACAAGAUUUCAUAGAGAUCAAUAUUUCGGUAAGAUACACGAUGGUGUUUAUUAUUUAUCAGAAAAGGCAGAUAAGGGCGAUCAUGUUCGCUUUCCAUCGAUUUAUCCUCGUGGAGAAGUACAUGAAUUGCCUCCAUGGAUUGCUUAUGAUGGUCAGAGAUUAAUGUUCAAGGCUUUUUUUCAAGAAACUGUUCAAGAAAGAUGGAAAACUGCUUAUCAAAUUCGUAUAGUGAAUAUCAGUUUCUUCUUGGAGGAUGGAACAAUGAAAGUUUCUGAACCUUCCACGGAAAAUAGUGGUCUUGAGCAAGGUGUUCUAUUAAAACGACAAAGAGUCCCAAUGCCGGAUCCAGUCAGAUAUAGAUACUACGAUAUAAUUGAUUUAAACAUCGGCAAAGAACCAGAAAUUUUUGGCAGAGUAUAUAAAAUCGUCGACUGUGAUAAAUUCACAAGACAAUUUCUGAAUCGUAUGGGAAUUCCAGUCCCAGAUCCAAUUGAAAUACCAAAAGAUCCUUACACGGAGUUACGAAAAUUUGAAGCGUUUCCGAAGAAACCCAACCGGAGAGUCGACAGUCGUGGUAAUUUUAUGAAGUAUGACAGACAGGUACUUCGUUUUUACGGUUAUUGGGACGACACGGAUAGUCUUUAUGGUGUUAUUCACGAUCUCGAAAUUCAUUACUACCUUGCCGAUAAUACAAUGGAAAUAAAAGAGAACGUGCCACCAAAUUCUGGACGAGAUUCCGGUUUCAUGUUUUUGCGACGAAUGAAGGUUCCAAAAUUCUUCUCCGGACUGGAACCGCUUGGCGCAGGUGAUCCCUUCACCGUUCUAAAUGUUAUUGGAGACGAUACUGCGCGUGGUUAUUACUCGAUAGAUUCUUUAAACACUGGACAAGUUUGCAGAGAUAUUUAUAAAGAUAACGAGCUUAAUAUUGGUGCCCAAAUAAACGUUUUUGGAAGAAAGAUUGUUAUAAUAGAUAUGGACGCUUUUACAAAGGAAUAUUAUAGGACGAAGUACGGUUUGGACGAUUUCACACCCUUGCAGAGACCUCGUAAAGGCGACGAAGUUUGCAUGAAAGUCGAAAAAUACAUUCCACCUUACAACGGUUUUGGUUCCUACGAAGAUUCUCUUGGAAAUUGUUUCUCGGUGAUGCCGCAACCACCCAAAAUAGACAUUAUCAAAUUUCUCUAUUACGAUAAGCAAGGCUUCGACAGCCACGUCCUGAGAUUUAGAGCCAAGAUGGUAUCAAAGAGUCCGGAAAACCAAGGCAGAGCGUUCAUUAUUAGAGUUUUUCUAAUGGAUGAUACGAUUUCUAUUUUCGAAUUGGGAAUAAGAAAUUCAGGUUUCAGGCGAUCCCUCUUCCAAAAAAGAAUGCCAGUAAUGUUGCCUAAUCAAGAGAUAUUCGUAAAUAGGAAACCGGAUUAUUAUAAACCAAAGGAUUUUUAUAUCGGAGCGCGCGUUAAUUUAAACAAUUUCAUCUUUGAACUCAUCUCAGCCGACGUUUAUGCUCUUCGUUACAUGGAGUUACAUCGCGAUAAGUUUCCGCAAGCUGACGUCAGAUUAAUCCUGGGAAAAUUACGGGAAAUUUUGAAACCAGUUUACAAGGAAUUUAUACAACACUAUACACCCGUGAAAUCAAUCGACGAAGAUCUUUCAAUACUGUCAUACGAGAAACUCAGAGAUAUGUUAUACAAGUAUUCGAACGGCAAAAUAACAGAACACGAAACAAUUACGAUUGCUCGACACUAUUCCUCGCACGAAAAGAAGGAAUUCCGCACUCGUGAAUAUGUAAGAACCCUAAUGCACACAGAACUCCUGCGAUCGUUAUGGAACGAGCUCGAUCGAUUGGAAGAAGAUCUUCAUCGAUGCGACAGAGGAAGAACAGGAUUUCUAUCACGGGACACAAUAUAUACUAUACUCCGUGGAUCCAGAAUACCAGUUGACGUGGAGCUCAUCAAUUCUAUGCUUGAUCAUAUUCGUAGAAACGAGGAAGAGAAAUUAGAUUACAAUGACUUGUUGCGAUUCAUGAACGUGAAAGUUGAUCCACUACCUCCUGCAACACCUAUUAAUAUUAAGACGGCACUUUGGUGGGCAUCGGAGAAGGAACCUGAUUGCGGCGCUGGAAUAAACUGGUGCGCUUUCAUCAAGGAUUUAGAUGUCAAAGAGGAAGAGGGAGAUCCAGAUGGAAGUUCCAAAGCUCUAGACCAGAAAUGUAUCACACUGAAUGAUUGAGAAAAAUGUAUCGCGAAAAAUGUAUUCAAAAUAACUUUUCUAUUCUCUUUUCGACAUAAUCGUGAUGAUAUUUUUAAAACAUACCUAUUCACGGCUCACGUGUGAUUUUUAUGCUACAAAAAACACCAUCGACACUUUUGGGAUGAAUAAAUACGCGCACUUCUAUGUCAAGUAAUAUUUAUUGUAGAAUAUAAUUUGCAUAUAAACUACGUCAAAUUUAGCAAAUUAUUUACAUUGUACUAAUCACGUUUAUAUCUAGCAUGCGGCUAAAACAGUGUUGCCUGGCCUUGAUCUUGUGAAUUUAUAUUUUAUCACCAGAUCGCGAAUACUCGAUUAUCUGUUUUUGUUCGGUGUCUCGAUAUGAAACUUUCUUACAUCGUUUUCAUGGUUUUGAAUUAGCUGACCGACAACACUGCGCUAUAUUCGCAACAUUUGAAGACACGAAGUUCAAUAAAUAGCAAACGAUAUAAAUAAGGGCCGUACGAAGUGUUAUUAUUAAUCAUGUUUUCAUAAAUACUCUCGUCACGAUUAUUAACCCACUGUUCGUACACGUUUCGAUGCAAUUACGAUGAUCUCUAAAAACAGUUACAAAUACAGGUUUCGUAAUAUCCCUCGAUUUUUUUUCAAAUUCUGACGACAAUUAAUCAUACGAUAUACAGUCAGUCCUAUAAGUAUCCGUACCCUCUAUCGCAUCUAUGUCUAUUCAAGAAAUUUGUCUCGAUUUUCAAACAAACUUUUUAUUAUAAAUAUAUCCAUGUUUCAAGUUCAUUCAGACAAAG